CACAUUUUUGAAUUAUGAUGGCACACGACAUGGAGCGAGUACUGAUGUCCCCGGCGUUCGAAGUGUUUAACAAGCUUCGGCUGGCAGGACAGCUUUGUGACGUGGUCCUCAUCGCCGACGGUGUUAAAUUCAACACCCAUAGAGUAAUUCUGUGUGGCUGUAGCUCAUACUUCCAGGCUCUGUUCACCGGUGACUGGAAGGAUUCGGGAAAGCGGGAGUACCAGUUCCCAGGCAUUUCCCCAGAUACAAUGCAGCACAUCAUUGAGUACGCCUACACGUACUCUGUGCUCGUCACGGCUGAGAAUGUGGCGAACCUCCUGGCAGCUGCUGAUCGGCUGAGUAUCCUGGGCAUCAUACAGCGCUGCAGUGACUUUCUGCAUGAGCAGCUCUGCCUUCAGAACUGCAUUGGCCUUUUGAAAACUGCCGAUGGCUACGGCCUCAACGAGCUGCACCAGUCUGUUUUCAGCUUCAUCCUUCAGAACUUCAAGGAGGUUGCCAGCAUCUCAGAGGAGUUCAUAGAUCUGUCCCUACAAGAACUUUGCGACACUAUUGAGAAGGAUGAGCUGAAUGUGAAACAGGAAGAUGUGGUGUUUGAGGCCAUCCUCCGGUGGAUCGAGCACGAGCCUGCCACCCGAGAGGCCCACAUUUCAGCUCUGUUGCCCAAGGUGCGGAUGGCUCGUAUGGAUGUGGAGUAUUUCUUGACGACAAUAAAGAACAAUCCUAUAGUGAAGGCUAAUGGAGAAUGCAAGACAAUUGUCAGUGAAGUCUUGAAGAUAGUAUAUGAUUUAGAUGAUGAAAAUCAAAAUUCGGACUUGGAAAACCCAUUGAUCUGCCCACGCCUGCCCUCUGACAUCAUUCUGGCUAUUGGUGGCUGGGAUAACUCUGCAACAAAUUCAAUUGAUGCGUACGACACCCGGGCCGACUGCUGGAUGGAUGUCACGCAGCGAGAGGACAGUUUACAGGCAGGUCAUGGCACUGCUUAUUUAAAAGGACUCGUGUACUGCAUCGGGGGGUCUGAUGGCAACACCAUCACUAAUGCCGUCCGUCGGCUCGACCCCAUCACACGGACGUGGCAGCAGGUGGCCCCAAUGCACUUGCCCCGCUGUUACCACAGCGUGGCUGUUAACGAUGGGUCCAUCUAUGUCAUGGGCGGCUAUGAUGGCCAGAGGGUCUUCAACAUUGUAGAGCGGUACGACCCAGAAACUAACAAGUGGACCCUGAUGGAGCCCAUGAACGAGCGGCGAAGUGUUGCCAGUGCCACCACCCUGAAUGGCAAGAUAUACAUCUGCGGUGGCUUUAAUGGUACUGAUACCCUCCGUACUGCGGAGCGCUAUGAUCCACGCACGGGUGAAUGGACCCAGAUCGCACCAAUGCGCACUCGCCGGCGUUGCCUUGGAGUGGCUGCUUACAAGGGGGAAAUCUAUGUGGUGGGCGGUACCGACGGGGCUCAUCCGUUAAGGAGUAUGGAGGUCUAUGACCCUGCAACGUACCGCUGGCGGACUAUGGCCCCCAUGUUCACAAUGCGCAGCAACUUCGGCAUCGCAGUGGUGGACGACCUCCUCUUUGUUAUGGGUGGCACUGAUGGAUUGACUGUGACUAAAAAGGUGGAAUGUUAUGAUGCGGACACUGGCAGCUGGUACCGUGCUCAGGACAUGAGUAACCCCAAGAAAUCCUUCAGCUGCUGCGUAAUACCUGCCUUCCACCGCAUCGUGAAUUCUGCUGCACCUUGUUAGUCCCUGAUGGCCGCCCCGCAACAGAUAAACCCACCUGCCCCCAACAGCAUCACAGACCAGUGGCCAAAACAUCCAAAUAAGUGACACAUAAUGAUGGAACCUGUCGUGAUGUUGCUGGGCGCACGGACCAUGGAAGCAGGAGAAGGACACGGAGGAUCGAGGAAAACUGGAUUUAAUGGGGAAAUGGAGCAGGAACAUGGACCAGGCAGAUCACACACAAUGAUGGUACAACACAUCACAAGACUUCAGUGACAGAUCUAGGGAAACAUACUCUGACACGGACUUAAAUACACCAGACUAAUGGAAAAUGACUCAAAACAACUGAUGACACAGGGA